CAUUUCUGCACAUGCCCAUAAUAUUCUUCACCACUGGGGGCAGCUUUACAUAAGACUGCAUUCACUGAAACCAAAGCAACAGUCGGACGGAGCUUUCAGAAUGACAGUACGCAGAAGUGAGCAGAGCUUGUUCGUUGCACGGGCUUAUUCUACCUUCUAUGCUACAAAGCAGCUUCCUAGCCGGAUCGGGUACUAAGUAAGGGAACUGCUGUGCUAUGGAAUACAGAUGUGUGAAUUCAGAUAGCUAAAUGGUGCUCGGAAGAAUCUAAAAUGCUUUCUUAUAAAGAGAAAUUUUAAAAGCCAGGUUCCUAACUAUAAAGAUGCAAAAACGUAACAUCCAUGAAGAUCCUAUCACCUAGGAAGAAUUUGGCAUUUUUCUGCGAAUGCUGUGUUGGGAUUGAUUUAUUCUUGGAGUGUUCUGCAUGGCUGGCAAAGAAUAAUGUUCCAAAAUCGGUCCAUCUCCCAAGGGGUCCAAUUUUUCUUCCUGGGUGUCAGCGAGCCCUGACUCACUACAGUGCAGCUGACAGGGGCUGCCAUGCUUGUGGCACACUAAGCAAAAAACAAAAGACCUAAGGACGACCUUUGAACAACACAAAGGAUGGGUAUGUUUUUCAUGUUAUUUUUUUAAUAUACAAUUCAUAGACACUGCAUAGCCUCUGCUUUAAUUGCUCCAUAGCCUUACCUUUAUGUGAUUUGUGAUUACAGUUAAAUUGCUUAGGGGUUACACCUUUUACCCAACUGUUUUUUUUCAGUAUUUAUAAAGGCAUUCUUUUAAAAAAUCUGAGUAAAGAAAACAAUGUGAAAAGUAGUUGAGACAAGCUAGGGAUUUUUAAGUGAUUGUUGAAAUAAAGAUUUUAGCAUGAUUGAAAGAAAUGACUGAUGUGUGGGGGGAUAACUUUUCUAAGUUGUUUUUAUUUCCAGGUUUCAAUGUAAUUAGGCUACUGAGCGGAUCAGCUGUAGCUCUGGUAAUAGCCCCUACUGUAUUACUGACAAUGCUUUCUUCUGCUGAACGAGGAUGCCCUAAGGGCUGUAGGUGUGAAGGCAAAAUGGUAUAUUGUGAAUCUCAGAAAUUGCAGGAGAUUCCCUCAAGUAUAUCUGCUGGUUGUUUAGGUUUGUCCCUUCGCUAUAACAGCCUCCAAAAACUAAAAUACAAUCAAUUUAAAGGUCUUAAUCAACUCACCUGGCUCUAUUUAGACCAUAACCACAUCAGCAAUAUUGACGAAAAUGCUUUCAAUGGAAUACGCAGACUAAAAGAGUUGAUCUUGAGUUCCAACAGAAUCUCCUAUUUUCUUAAUAAUACCUUCAGACCUGUGACAAAUCUCCGGAAUUUGGAUCUGUCAUACAAUCAACUGCAGUCUCUGGGAUCUGAACAGUUCAGGGGCUUAAGGAAGCUGCUGAGUUUACACUUGCGGUCCAAUUCCCUAAGAACCAUCCCUGUUCGAAUAUUUCAAGAUUGCAGAAACCUUGAACUGUUGGACCUGGGUUAUAAUCGCAUCCGAAGUUUAGCAAGAAAUGUCUUUGCAGGCAUGAUCAGACUGAAAGAGCUUCAUCUGGAGCACAAUCAAUUUUCUAAGCUCAACCUGGCACUUUUUCCAAGGCUAGUCAGCCUUCAAAACCUUUAUUUACAGUGGAAUAAAAUCAGUGUGAUAGGACAAACUAUGUCCUGGACCUGGAGCUCAUUACAAAGGCUUGAUUUAUCUGGCAAUGAAAUAGAAGCUUUCAGUGGACCUAGUGUUUUUCAGUGUGUGCCCAAUUUACAGCGCCUCAACCUGGAUUCAAACAAGCUCACAUUUAUUGGUCAAGAAAUUUUGGACUCCUGGAUAUCCCUCAAUGACAUCAGCCUUGCUGGGAAUAUAUGGGAAUGCAGCAGAAACAUUUGCUCUCUGGUAAACUGGCUUAAAAGUUUUAGAGGGCUGAGGGAAAACACAAUAAUUUGUGCCAGCCCAAAAGAGCUGCAGGGGGUGAAUGUUGUCGAUGCAGUGAAAAACUACAGCAUCUGUGGCAAAAGUACCACGGAAAGGUUUGAAUUAGCACGAGCUCUCCCAAAGCCAACGUUUAAACCAAAACUCACCAGGCCUAAACACGACAGCAAGCCCCCUCUACCCCCAACUAUUGGAGCCACUGAAUCGAGCUCUGAACCCGAGCAUGACACAGAACACAUCUCCUUUCAUAAAAUCAUAGCAGGGAGCGUGGCCCUUUUCUUGUCUGUGCUUGUGAUCCUGCUGGUAAUCUAUGUGUCAUGGAAGCGUUACCCAGCCAGUAUGAAGCAGCUGCAGCAGCGCUCUCUCAUGCGGAGGCACAGGAAAAAGAAAAGACAGUCACUGAAGCAAAUGACUCCAAGCACACAGGAAUUUUAUGUAGAUUACAAACCUACCAACACUGAGACCAGUGAGAUGCUGCUGAAUGGAGCAGGACCCUGCACGUAUAACAAAUCAGGCUCCAGGGAAUGCGAGAUACCACUGGCUAUGAAUGUGUCAACAUUUCUUGCCUAUGAUCAGCCCACAAUAAGUUACUGUGGAGUACAUCAUGAACUGCUUGCUCACAAGGCCUACAACUCGAACACCCAAGAAGAAGCAGUGGAAACACACCUAGAAACUGAUCUGGAUCUGAGCACAAUAACAACAGCAGCACGAAUCAAGGAACACAGUCAGCAGCUGGCUUAACUUAUGGGGGGUUGGUGGUGGUGGCGAUUUUUAUUUUUCCCUGUAGCAGAGGCUGCAACCAAAUUCUGUGUAACGUUAUCAAGAAGUGAGAAGACGUAAUAAUAUGGAUUUUAGGAUCCCUGUUUAAUUUUUAAAAGAUCCACAAAGGUUAAUUGUUUCAAGUCUACAAUUUGUAAUUAGUUAAGUUGUGCAGUAUUUUUUGACUUCAAAGUAUGAUCCUUGAAAUGAAUCUUUUUUCAAAACUCAUCCUACCUGCCUGUAUAAACUGUACAGAUGUAAUGUAUUUUUCAUAUUGUAAAGUUUCAAUUACCAAGAACAGCUGGUAUGUACAGUAUCAUAAUUUAAUUACAUCUUACAAGUUUCAGUUUCUAAAGUUUUAAAUUAACAAAAGUUAUUUCUUGUGUUAUUCAGUUACUCUGUUUUUAGGGAUCAUUUUAUUACUGCUUUUGUGCCCAGAAACCUAUAGCUUAAAAUUCUGUCCUUUGCAGAAUAUGCACCAUUUUUACCAUAUUUAAAGUGUAGAAUUUUAUCUACUUAUUCCAGAUGUAUUAACCAAAAGGAUGAUUUAACUAUUCAGACAUCAAAGAAAUUCUUGAAAUACAUAGCCAAUUUUUCUUAUAAAAGAAAGCCAACAAAAAUUUCACAGUUCUCCUUGGACUUCCCUGACAUACAUGCAGACUUAUUUUUAAAAUCAAAGAAACGUAAUGAUGAAUGGUAUUUUAAGAACAGAGUUUAUAUGUGGAACUGUUAAUCAUUCUUGACUAAGUUUUGUAAAGUCUCACUGUUCUGCAAGACAAACUGAAAAGGAGGCUUCAACAGGUAGCUGUCUUUACAGAACCUGUUCUGAAAUGAUGGCCUGUCAAAUCAGCAUUGGUAUUUAAGUGUAAAGAUACAAGGGCCAAAACCUUCUUCUAUCAGACAGUUGUUUACAGAUGCAGUAACGGAAACAAGCCCUCAAAGUUGGAAUUAUACCAGUUCUGGAACAUAAAGUAUUAUUCAAACUCAAGAAGCCUCUACUUGGAAGAAAAAUAUUUAUUUUGACCAAAUGGUGAAGGUAAACAGUCUUUUAACACAUUGAAUCGAGAAAAGAAAAAAAAAAAUCUUUGAAUACAACAAAUGUAGUAUUAAGUCUUAACAAUUGCUACAUUGCUUAAUUGUUUACCAUUUAAUACUUAAGUAUUCUUAUAUCCCAGUGUUUUGAAUCUUCAAGACUUCUCAAUACUGUAUAACUCCUACAACACAACCCUGAAGAUGUAAUCAUAAAAGAUUACAGAAAUUAGAUUCAUAUUAUAUCAUGCUGACUGGGUGAAAUAUAAAAGGGAACAGGAGCCUUCCAAAAUACAAGAGAAAAAAGUUUCAUAUGGUGAAGCAACUUUUUAUAAUAAAGAGAAAUUAUAUAACCACAAUACAUUUUUCUGAAUGUUUAUCCCACCAUAUUUUCAUGUAGCUUCAAAGCAGAAGACUGAAAUUUAAAAUUACAGUUCAGCUCUUUUCUCAAAAUCUAAAGCAACUCUGAAGCAUCAAAAUUCUAUUGGUUAUUUGGCAUUUUAGAUUUUGUAACAUUUUGCAUAAGUUAUUUGCUAUUCAAAACUUUACUUGCCUUUCAAAGACUGAUCUUAAAACUCAACGUUUCAGUUUCUUAUCUUCAGUAUGUGUAUCCUUGAAUUUCUAGUCAUUGUCUUCAGUGCUGUAAUUUCACAUUUUGAAAAUACUUUGCUAACUAUAAAUGGAGAAAAAAUGCAGGCAUAAUUCUGGAGCUGAGUGACAUUCGUACUCCAGGAAGAAGUGAACUGCUUUAUUUCAAAGUUAUUUUAAAGUUUAAUACUCAAUCAUUCUGGUCAAAAUCAGUCUGAGCGUUAGGCUUCAACAUCUUGUUUCAGUUACUCUUACUCUAUCCUCAUUCUUUUCUUUGAUCUGCUGCCCUCACAGUGUGUGAAUUUGGUUCUGGCACUGAUGUUAUUACUCAAAGUACACAGGUGUUUAAAGGUUCCAAAUACUUCUAGUUGGUGAAGAACUGUACAACAGGAAUAUUUUCUAUUAUUAGACACUCUAAUGAAUUUAGGGCUAUGAGUUUUCUUAUGCUAAGAUAAAUUAUUUUUCGUCAAAUCUUUCUUAUGCUAAGAUGAAUUAUUUUUGUCAAAUCUGGUUGAAGAAACAACUGUGUAUACACAGACAUCUUUACAUAACACAAAUAUUUCUCCCUUUGCUACUUUCUCUUAAUAAUGAGGCAUAUAUUAAUGACUUGUCUUAUAUCCCUCCUGGAAGAUUUGCAUUAAAUCAGGAUACCAAUUGAAAACGGAAGAAAAACAGGGUGACAUAAAUAACAGUAGCACUAUCUCCAUCAAUUCCUUGGGCAUUU